AGGACACAAGCUACAUAUCUAAAUAUGUAAAUACAGGUGUGUGUGACAUCAUCAGUGUCUGCAGACAGGUCUGAGUGUCAAUCACGGAUCAGAAUGUGUUAAAGUGUGGACAUGUGAAGGAGUCCAGAGACUGACACACGAGGAAUCAAAUCACACGCUGUAAAAAUAGCAGCAUGUUCACACAGACGUCUAAAUACAGACACGCGGUAAACAAGCAGCUCAACCGGACAGAAGCGCAGAGGAGCUGCUCGCAGCAUCAUGAAGGCAGACCGGGUCGGCGUUGACAUUCCCGUGUACGAUCUCUCACUGAUCCGAGAUCUGUGGGAGGGACGAGUGAAGAAAUACAAACAGCGGCAGAAGAAGGAGGAAGAACGCAUCAGUAAAAGUGCUCUGGCCCGGGUCAAUCAGCAGUGGCAGUAUCGCAUCGCGUGCAGGAAGCUGAAGAGCGCGGAGGUCACGGCACUGCAGUGUUACCUCGACAGAUCCACGAACAGCGAACUUCACAUUCUACACAACGAUAAUAACGACAAUGACUCUGAGAACAAGAAGUUCAUUUUUGAGCUGAAUGGAGACAAAUGGAUGAAAUUACCUGAAGAUCUUCAGUUUAUGACGUAUCUCAAGGAAUGGCACAUCCACGGAACAAAGAUCCGCGAGAUUCCCACAUACAUCGAGGCCUUCGUGGAUCUGCGUGUGCUGGAUGUCCCUAAAAACGGGCUGACGAAGCUUCCCGUGGAAAUCGGAAAGCUGAUCAGCCUGAGGGAAUUAAAUGUGAAUUAUAAUAAACUGAUGAGCAUUCCAGCUGAACUCGGGGAAUGUGAGAAUCUAGAGCGAUUAGAGAUGACGGCAAACAGAAACCUGUCCGAGCUUCCCUUUGAGCUGAGUAAUCUCAAAAAACUGAAGCACUUGGACAUCGCAGAAAAUCAGUUUGCCACAAUCCCGAUCUGCGUCCUUCGCAUGGAAAGCCUGAAGUGUUUGGACAUCAGCAACAACAGACUCAAAGACCUGCCUGAAGACAUUGACAGACUCGAGGCUUUAGAGACGCUGUUCCUUCACAAAAACGACGUGAGAUACGUGCCGAUGAGCAUGACGAACCUCGUCCAUCUGAAGAUGAUGGUCAUCAGCGCAGACGAGCUUUACAGCAUCCCGUCUCAGUUAGUCGACAGUCCGGACAUCAAAUUAAUCCGACUAUACGACAAUCCAAUAAAUGUUCCGGAUGAAGACAUGAACAUGGACGCAGAAGCUCAGGACGAACAUGAGAAAGAGUUCAUGAAAACAUACAUCGAGACUCUUCAGGACCGAGACACUCAGCCGAUGUACACCACCAAAGUGUCCUUGAGCUGCCUGCUGUAGAUGAAGAACCCACACCUUCAUCAUCAUCAUCAUCUCCUCCGGAGUGACACCAGAUAUCCGUGUGAUCCGUUUAUUAGUUCUCUCAUUCCCAGUGUAAUCCACAUUCACAUGCAGGUUAUACUGUUGAUAAGCUGUUAGUAUCUAAAGGGUUUGGAUUUCUUGUGUACUUUUACUAAGAAAAAAUGAUGUCCUUUCUCAAUGUUUUUGUCUUGUUUUCCAACACAAAUAUUCUUAAAUCAUGAUAAAAUGUAGAUAUUUGUGCUGGAAAACACUUUUGCAGUGCAAAUCAACUAGUAGGGUUAAAGUUAAUGUUUAAUUUUGAUUGCAUUUAUCAUUCGUACAAUUUAAAAUGCAGAUGCCAAACCCAUUUUGAUCUGGUUUUCGGUGAAGAUCUCCGUUGUUUAGUUUGUUUUGAUGUGACCAAAUGUUUCACAGCAUGAUUAUGAUCCUGAUGUCUGAUAGAAGUCAAUGUUUUAUAAGAUAUGUUAAGUGCCAUUUCAAUGUAUUACAAUUAAAAUUCUCUCAUCUA